AAUGCCUCUACGGGUGGAUUUAUUAAGGUUAUUGUGCGAUUUUUCGGCGGAGUAAGGAAAACACAGCGAGCACACGAAGCUUUUUAAUGUAUUUUCACCGGUGAAGUGGAACCAGACGGAUUAAUUGAGGCCUGUCUUCGACUCUCGGGACAGUUUAGUUUGUCUGUCGAUCGUAAUGUGGCUCAUUGGCUAAUCCUUUGGACUUCAUUCAAUACUAAUUCAUCCCGAAGCGCUUCGUUUGGACGAUCCCAACUGAUUUAACAGCUACACACGAGAAUGACGGAAUACAAGCUGGUCGUUGUCGGUGCGGGUGGUGUUGGGAAAAGUGCACUGACCAUCCAGCUCAUUCAGAAUCACUUCGUAGAUGAGUACGAUCCCACAAUUGAGGAUUCAUACAGAAAGCAGGUUGUGAUUGAUGGAGAGACUUGUUUGCUGGAUAUCCUGGACACUGCAGGUCAGGAGGAGUACAGUGCCAUGAGAGACCAGUAUAUGAGGACAGGAGAGGGAUUUCUUUGUGUGUUUGCCAUCAACAAUGCCAAGUCCUUUGAGGACGUACAUCUUUACAGGGAGCAAAUAAACCGUGUCAAAGACAGCGAUAAUGUCCCGAUGGUGCUGGUGGGGAACAAAAGUGACCUGACAUCUCGUACUGUAGACACACGUCAAGCCCAAGAACUGGCCAGAAGUUACGGGGUCCCAUUUGUUGAAACAUCGGCCAAGACGCGUCAGGGAGUGGAGGAGGCCUUUUACUCUCUCGUGAGGGAGAUCCGAAGAUACAAGGAGACCAACCGCAGCAAUAAGAAGAGCAAAAAGCACACACAGAGACGUUGCACUCUUUUAUAGCGAUACACACGUACAGCCUCACACUGCACCCCCUGUGAUUAGCAAUGCACUCAAGGCCUCACAUACACACACACACGCACACACAUUACUGUAGCAUCACACACACACACAUUUCAUUUUCUUACCGCUCCCUCAGUUUUUACACCCCCAUCCUUUGAGCAAUAGGAACCUGAUGUAUGUGUUUGUAUGUCUGUGCACACGAGACCUCGACGAGAACUGUGGAAUUGUUCUGUAAAAGACAUUUUGGCAACAUAUUAUCAAAAGUUGGCUUGACGAAUGCGUCUCAAGUGGACUUGCCACUGCUUUUCAGUUUUGUGCUGACAUUGGUCAGGGUUACCGUUGUACUUUAGAACCACAGGAAAUGAGAAACUGACCUUUAUAACAAAUUAACAUGGCGGUGAAGGGAUGUUCUACAAAUCGGUAAUGGGUAACUGUUUUUUUAAGUAAGUUUGUUUCAUCUCCAUGACCCUGUGAGCCAAUCUAAACAUUUGUGUGGAUUUGUUAGCAAUGGUUUGGAAUGAGGAAGCUAAUAGGUGACCUGUGGGAAAGCACAUUCAGAACCACUAACAACGUUUCCAACCCAUGGAUUGUGGGAUUUAUUUUUCAAUACUUGCACAACUUAAUGUCACUAUAAAAGGGGGCUACUGUAGGUUUCGCCCUCUUCCCUUUAGGACUGUUGUGCUAAAUUUACAUUUCAUACAGUUGUCAUGAAUACUGAAUUUACUCUAAGUUUUUAUUAAAUGUCAUUAUACUCCACAUAACUAAAAUUCAUAAAUCAAAGCUCACUUUUUAUUUUUACCAACAGUAUUCCUUGGUGAAGUCCUCUAUUUUUGUAAUUGCUAGUACUGGACUGUUUGGGUAUUGUAUUGGACCGGAACGUUUCACGUAUUAUAAUGAACUGUGUAAAAUGCCAUUGGUUCCCACCUGUGAUGAGGCUCUGUUUGGUGAGGUGGUUUCUCUAAAUCAUAGGUCUCAAACUCAAUUCCUUGAGGGCUACAGCUCUGCACAGUUUUGAUCCAACCCCGAUCAAACACAGCUGAUCUAAAAACAGUCUUGAACACUGUUAGCUGUGUUUGAUCAGGAUUGGAGCUUUGGAGCUAAACUGUGCAGAGCUGUAGCCCUCCAGGAAUUGAGUUUGAGCCCUAUGUUCUAAAUGUUGUAGAUUGACAGAAGAGACUGUAAUAGUUUUGGUUCAGGAUAAACGAUGUGACCAAAACUUGUGAUCAAUGCAUUCCCUUUGCCACAUUGAUAAAUGUAGUUAUAUGUUUUGUGAAUAAAUAGACUUUUGGCUAAA